GUGUGUGGAGCAGACUGAGCUUAGAAAACAAACUACCAAAAAUUGUUUACAAGGCGGGAAAUGUGUGGAAAUUCUGCUGCUGCCCAUUAACAAAACAACAUUUUCAGUGCGUCAGCUAACUUUAAAAUGGAUGAUCUUAACGAAGACGCUGAUAAGAGUGCAUUUUGUGGCGACAAAAGAGAUGAAGAUGGUGAAGAGGAUGACGUGGAUAUAUAUCAAGACCUACAAGAAGAAAUAACGAUAAAAGAAUCUGACGCCAAUUCUAACGUCAUUGAAAGGUUCAACAAACUCUGCAGUCCCAGAAAGCGAACGCGCGUCGACUUUUCAGCCGAGGAGGCCUCAGAUGAAGAUGUUGAUUUAUAUGGUGACCUCAACACUUUUGAGAAUCAAUUAGUUGCUGAAGAGCUACAAGCCAAAGUGGAAUCCUUAGAACAAAAAUGUUCAAACCUGGAUAGUCAAAAUACAGAAUUAAAAAAUGAACUGGAUAAAGUCAAUAAACUAAAUUUGGCUCUAAGGCGUAAUAUUUCAUCCAUAUUUAAAACUGCAAAAGCUGAACUUGAAAGGAAGGAUCGACAACUGAAGGAACUUCAAAGAGCGCAUGAUGCACUGAUAUUCCGUAGAGGGGCAGGGAACAAUCAAAUGUUACCACCUAUCAGUAGCAAUCCGCCAACUGACACCUCCACUCCGACAAGCAACAUUAAUAUUAAUACUCCAUCUUCAUCAAAAGCAAGCAUGCUCAACCCAGACUACAUGACAAACCCUAGUCAAUCUACCACUAUUCCCAGAUGCUUUGUACUGAAAAAAGAUCAGGUCAAAGGCAACAUAGUGACAAUUGAAAAUGAGACAGAGUGCACGUUUCAUAUGGGCAAAGUGACUGUUUCUUUUACGACGGAAAAUGCUGACUUCAAAAAAAGACGCCUCCAACGGCUUGCAAACGCAGCAUCCGGAAAAGCAUUUGCUAAACAGGAUCUUAAAAAUGCAAACCAAAACGUCAAUGGUGAACAACCCCGACAACAGGAGGACAGCAACCAGGGCUUACCCAAAUUGCUCGCUGAAAAAGCUUCUUUACUUGACGAACUUGCCAGUACUGAUGAAAAUCUGGAGGAAGGAGAAUUUACAGAAGAAAUGAAAGGCGAAGAAAAUCCAAAAUUAAACAAAUCUCGCGAAACGUAUCGACGAAAAGACAAUUUCAAUCCACGUCACAGAUCACGCUCUUCCUCUAGGUCCCGCAGUCCAGUCAAUAACAAAAGGAAGAGGAGCUCGAGCAGUGAAAGGCAUUUUUUGCGGAAUACAAGGCCCAACGAACGAGGUCCACCCAAACGUAUGAUCAAACCACGUUCUCCUGCCAAGAACUCGCGGUACCGUAACACAGGGAACUCACACUUCAAUUCUCGUUCCAGCCGACGCUGAUGCCAGAACGGAUAGUCGUAAUUUUAUACGAGAAUUGACAUUAUGACGAAUCCAAUUGAAUUGUUUGCGAUUGUGUUGACUAAUUUGGUAUUACAUGUUUUUUUUUGUA